GUCCCGUCGGCCCGGCACCGCGCUCACCGUCGCGCACAAGGGCGAGAGCUGCGCCUCGCCCCGCCCCGCACUGCAGGCUUGGCUGGCGGGGUCCCGUUGCCUUCCUACUGCGGCUGCACCUCUGAUUUUGGGUCAGGCCGCAAGAGCGAAUUGCUCCGGUGGCAUGGGGCGCUUCACCGUUUGGGACUAUGUGGUCUUCGCCGCCAUGCUGCUGGUGUCAGCUGUCAUCGGCAUCUACUACGCCUUUGCGGGAGGGGGACAGAAGACCUCCAAGGACUUUCUCAUGGGGGGCCGCAGCAUGAGUGCCGUCCCCGUGGCGCUGUCACUCACCGCCAGCUUCAUGUCAGCUGUCACGGUGCUGGGCACCCCCGCCGAGAUCUACCGCUACGGUGCCAUCUUCUGCAUCUUUGCCAUCACCUAUGCCCUGGUAGUGCUGUGCAGUGCUGAGAUCUUCCUGCCCGUCUUCUACAGGCUGGGCAUCACCAGCACUUACGAGUAUUUAGAGCUUCGAUUUAAUAAAUACCUGCGUCUCUGUGGAACGUUCCUCUUCAUUAUACAAACGACUUUAUACACUGGUAUUGUCAUUUACGCUCCAGCUUUAGCUCUAAAUCAAGUCACGGGCUUCGACUUGUGGGGUGCCGUGGUGGCGACCGGUGUGGUCUGCACUUUCUACUGCACGUUGGGUGGUCUGAAAGCAGUGGUGUGGACAGAUGUUUUCCAGGUUGGAAUCAUGGUCGCUGGGUUCUCGUCUGUGAUUAUACGAGCUGUGGUAGUCCAGGAGGGAAUUGAACGCAUUGUAAAUGAUUCCUACUAUGGAGGAAGAUUAAACUUCUGGGACUUUAAUCCCAAUCCUUUGCAAAGGCACACCUUCUGGACGAUUGUUGUAGGUGGGACCUUCACAUGGACUGGCAUUUAUGGUGUCAAUCAGUCCCAAGUACAGAGAUACAUUGCAUGCAAAACCAGGUUCCAUGCAAAAAUGUCCCUCUACAUCAACCUGGUGGGCCUCUGGGCAAUCCUGGUCUGCGCAACGCUCUGCGGGCUGGCCCUGUACUCCAUCUACAAGGACUGUGACCCAUGGUCGGCAAAGCAGGUGUCGGCACUCGACCAGCUAAUGCCCUACCUCGUGCUGGAUAUUCUCAGGGAUUUUCCAGGAGUGCCAGGGCUUUUUGUGGCUAGUGCCUACAGUGGGACAUUAAGUACAGUGUCCUCCAGCAUCAAUGCUCUGGCUGCUGUGACUGUCGAAGACCUCAUUAGGCCGUACUUCAGAUCCCUCUCUGAAAAGAAGCUGUCAUGGAUUUCCAUGGGGAUGAGCCUGUUUUACGGCGGAGUCUGCAUUGCUAUGGCUGCGCUGGCAUCUCUGCUGGGCGCCUUGCUGCAGGCAGCGCUCAGCAUUUUUGGCAUGGUUGGUGGCCCCCUUUUAGGACUGUUUGCCUUGGGAAUCCUCUGCUCCUUUGCAAAUGGAAUUGGUGCAUUUGUGGGUCUUAUCACUGGCUUUGUUAUUUCACUUUGGGUUGGAAUUGGUUCUCAGAUUUAUCCUCCACUCCCAGAGAGGACUAUGCCUCUCCCCCUCUCAACUGCAGGCUGUAAUAUAUCCAUCUCAAGCAAUUUAACUGCAUCGACAGAAAACCCGUUAACAACAAUCUUCAGCAUGCAGGCUGCAGAAAGGCCUGUCCUGGCAGACAACUGGUAUUCCUUGUCCUAUCUCUACUUCAGCACACUUGGGACACUUACCACAAUAGCUGCGGGAAUGAUUGUCAGCCUCCUAACAGGAGGACUGAAGCAGAACACAGACCGUAAAUUCCUGCUGACCAAAGAAGAUUUCCUGUCCAACUUCUCCUGGUCUAAAUCUGAGGCAACAGAGAAAGUGGUCGUGUUGAACUGGAAAACAUCUACGGUGGCAGCCGAAGGAACUGACAACCCUGCUUUCAGCCACAUCGAAAUGGAUGAAGCAAGUGAUAAGAACAAAGCCAAUGGCCUUCAUAUAUGAUGUGGGGCCAUGUCAGGCCUCGAGGACAGUUUUGUUCAUGUAAAGCACUGUUGACACUCCUGUGCUGGGUCAGUUACCAUCCCUGCCAGGGUCACCGGCAGGAGUCUGCUAAGCUUCAUGGUGCUGUCACCUGUGCACAACUUUGACUUUAGUCAAGAAAGGAAUCAGGUCUUUCCUGCUUUUGUUGUCUCUCUCACACUCUGGACCUUGGUGACAGGGCUUAAGGUGAUGUAUCAGUGUGGAAUAUUUGCCUGAUAUUCUUGAGCCUCCUGGAAAAUACUUGCUUUUACUUUCAGUUCACUCUCAGAGUAAAUGUUGUAUUUGGUAAGAGCACUGUCCCCCGCAUAUGACUGUUCUCUGUGGGCUUUUUUUUUUUCUUGUAAGGCAUUGAAAGACUGAAGAGAUCAGUACUGUGGGAUCUUAUCAGAUUGCGGGAAACAGUGGAUCUUUUUUUAGUGCAGGAGAUGGACUUAGCACCCUCUGGUUGCUUUGUAGAACUGAUCCUGAGAGCAUAUUUAUUUUGCUGGUUCUGUCAUAUGUGUUUGCUUUCAUUAGUCUUAUUCUUUGGUUACCUGCAUCUCCUCUCAUGUCCUCACUGUUGGACACUACGGAAGUGUCUUUGGAGACGGGUUAAAGCAAGCAUCAGUAAUACCUUUCCCUUUACUCCCUACCUCACUCUUUAGCCUACCUUGCUCCAACAGAGGUGGCCCUCAUGAUGAAGUGAGCAAUCUGGGCUCUUCAUUCUGUGCCAUGGAGCAGAACCACAUGCUGGCUCAUGACUGCUCUUGCACUGAUCUGGGUGUUUUGUAGCAAAGGUGUUGAUGUAGGAAGAAGACCCUCUUUGCUGUACUGGAAUAAGCUGCACCUGCAGUUGCUGUUAAUCUGUGGAGCUGUGAGCUGAAACUUACUGGAACUAUUUAUAUUCUUGCAGUCACUUGUUGUCACUCCAAGGUUUCACUUGCAAAGAUGGGCCAGAUCAGGCCAGAGCACGUUGUGUGUUUUGCUAGGAGGGCAGAGUCUGCUGUUCUGGACUUGGGAGGGGAAGGGAUUGCAAAGGCUGGAGUUUGAUGAAGUCUCUUCAUGGCUGCAGGGCAUGGGAUGGCUCAUCUUCUGGCUGCGCUGCUGAGAGGAGCUGAACAGCACAUCUGUCCUUACAUUACCUGUGGUUUGAGAGGGUGAAAACCCCAUAGCUUUCUUAUCCUACAUGCUUUCUGGUGCAGCAGGGAACAGGCUCUUUGACCCACUGUGUUGGUUUUGUACUGUGUACUUUUUGCUACUGCUAUUGAUGGGGGUUUAAAACUAUGCCACAGCAUCAAGUUGGUAAAUAAAAAUCAUUACAGGAAAGCCAAGCAGUGAAGCUUAUAAAGCAGUCAUGCUUGAGACACAAAUCAAACACUGUCUGAGUGUCUUAAACUCUUUCAAGAAGUUACACUGAGUUGUGCUGGGCACUGAGCUGCUGUUAGUUGAGAUUUGAUGGUGCUAAUUUACCUGUGCUGAAUUGGGCCCUUUGGCACUUAAACCAACCUGUUCUGUGCCCUGUGACAGCAGGCAUUGUAUGAUCUCCUGCGUAAGAUGGGAUCAGUAAACUUUAGGAGUUAAAAAUGGGAGCAGACCUCUCCUAGCGGAGUACAGGCCAGAUAUGCCCUGCAUGGGUUGCCACCCAGAGCACACCCCCACUGGCCAACCAGUGCAAAGGUACAUGAUGAAGGCAGGCGUCCCCUUUGCCACAUGAGGUGUGGGCUUGCAAGAUCCAGAGCAGAGUUUAAGGCCAUCCCCUUGUCUCCCACUUGUUUGCUGAGGUACUCCUGGCCCAUGGAGCUGAACAGCAAUAAGUACUGGUAUCUCCACUCAGCUGCAGAGAGCCGAAAUGGAAUGAAGAGGGCUGGUGAACCUGUGUGUGCCUCAGUGGUACGUAGUAAGCCACGGGCAGAACAGAAGCCUGAAGCAAGGCCUAUGUGCCUUGUGGUAGGACUACAGCACUCCCGGCCCACAUGCUGCACUCCCAUCUGACUGUGACCCUCGGGAGGGUGACUGAUCAGUACAGCCUUUUGUUGCACCAUGCUGGGUCGAGAUCCUUGUUUUGCACUGUGAUUGAUACUGCCUUGGAUGACCUGUGACUUCUACCUGUUUUGUUCAUGGAGUGAAGACUAAUCUUCCCAGCUAUCACAGUUAAGAAAUAACGUAGUGUCAUGGAGUUUAUUCUUAGUACUUUGAAUUCACAUGGGAAAACAUGUAAGUCAUUGCUUGAAGUCACUCUUUGAGCACUGAUCAGUCAUUUUACUCUAAUUUUGGUAUGAAGUAAAAGCUUGGGCCAGAUGAUAUCUGUUGGCCCACAGUCAUGUCGAGAUGAGUUUUUGCUGGGGAAAAUAGCUUGUAAGAGGUUUAAAAGUAAGCAUUCUUUCUGCAGAUGACCCUGGCCCUGUUUCUUAUUAUCUGACCUCCCAUGAUUGCUGCAGAACUAAAAAGUGACUCUUCUGCUUUACUUUUUCUUUCUCUAUGCUCAUUGUUUUAAUUAGCAUCACUGAUUAAAACAAUUAGUUUUGAAUAAUGUUUUCUCUGAGACUAUAUACUGUCCUCGUCUAGCUGGACACAGAGCCAGGGCUUUGCCUGUGAAAAAACAACAAGAUAAUUCUCAGUGUCUCCAUCAUGGUCCUGCACCAUGAUCCUUCAUCUCUCCCAGUUAAGAGCUCACCCGACAAAGAAAUGAAGGAUAGCCAAUGCCAGUUAAUUCCAUGGGAAUGGGAGCACUCCACACUGCCCAAAUUACACACAGCAUCUGGCGGGGCUGAGAGAGGAGACAAGUGGGAACAUUAAAAAAAGAACUAAGAAGGGAACAGGAGCAAUAUUUGACUAUGCAGAUUCACAGAGAGGAGGUGGUAGUGGAUCCUGGCCCCAUUUAGUCUGCGUUUACACUUGCUUGCACUCAACUGGUCUGUUUGCUUUCUGAACAAAUGAGGUAAAUAGAAAAUAAUGCGUGGAUAUCAAACAAUAAAUAUUUCAUAUGCGU